AUGGCUCCUUCUCUCAAAGGCGACGACACCGUCAGUGUCGUCGAGUCGUUGGAGACCAAGUCCUCCAUGUCAGGAAGCGAUGUUUCCACAAAAUCCCCGCCCAAGCCUCUCCCAAUCGUAAUGAUCGCCGUCAUGUUUCUCAUGAUCGUCGCGUCCGGGGGAGGUCUUUGCCUUUCGGCUCUUCAGUUUCGGCCCUCAAAGACUGGCGAGCGUGACUGUCUCAGUCAGAGCUUCAUCCUGUUUGGUUCGAUGAUCUCCCCCAUGUACGUGGUGCUACACAUCAUCGUAUCCUUCCGCAACUAUCAGGUUGUCAAGAGGCAGUCACUGCAAUCACCUUUGGUGUCAUGGGCUGUCAUUGUUGCCCGCUUGGGUCUCUUGCUCUGGAUUCCGGCCGUGAUUCUCUCGUCGGUGGCUCUGUCGCAUUACCCUGGCUUCGUAACACAAAGCCCAAUUACUGAGCUGAACUUCUCAGUAUCCGUCAUCGGAAUCAUUUGCAGCAUUGUCGUUAUUCUUGUUCUAGAGAUUGCAUCGCACCCAUUCGAGCUGCCUUGCUUCAGACGGCGGAACACGGUCACUUGUCUAGUCAGCGCCUUCGAAAAGGAUCUCAAGGACGAGGAAGCCAAGCCUUCAAGCCGGCCAAACAGCCGUCCUGCGACCCCUCCGGCCUACUAUUACUUCCCCGCCAACCACCGACACACGAUCCCGGCCCCAGCAAGAGCCAAACUCGUCCGCAAAGCCAGCUACCCCAAGCGCCGGGAGCAAAUCCCCCCCGUCCCGCCCAUCCCGUACCCGCACCCGGACUCCCUCGGCAUCAUGCUCCCCAUCGCAGAGCCGCUGCCUCCUCUUCCCGAGUUGGAACAGACCUCCGUCGCGCCGGCCAUCAAGAUCACCCCCGCCAACGCGCCCGAAUGUCUCUGCCCUGGGAAUGGUAAGCUCGCCCCGCCGGCGAACAAGGACAAGCCGUGUCCCCCUCCCCCCGGAACGGCGUGGGCUAAGGAUUGGGAGCAGCUAGCCGUUGAUACAGGCGUGCGACGAAACGGGUCAUUGAGCGACUAUGGGUCGACCGUCGAGACGGAUACGCUCGAUGGGAGGUUCGAUACCCGUGGAGUCGCGCUGAAGCCGCCUCUGCCUUCGAUCAUCGUCACGCAUAGUCCAGAGCAAGUCUAA